UGUAGUGAGUAGUAUAUAUACAAGACCACCAAAUCACAUGAAUUCUCCAAAACCACACAUAAUUUCUUGGAUUACAUUGCAUCACUUCUUCCUAAAUUCUCUCUCGAAGUCGAAGGAAUUGUCAUCGAUCACAAUGAGCUGCAGACCUGGAGACUGGAUGUGUGCUGCAUGCCACCACCUUAAUUUCCAAAAGCGCGAUUCUUGCCACCGAUGUUGCUGUCCUAAAUACGCCUCCGAGGCUGAUGUCUACGCCCACUCGGCCCCAAAGACACCCGAGAUGCUGCCCGGAGACUGGUACUGUGGCAUGCCUAAUUGUAGCGCGCACAAUUACGCUAGCCGACCAAUUUGCUACAGAUGUGGCGUGUCGAAAGAAUGUUGUGGCUAUGGGGCCGGAGUGAUGGCCUCCGCCGGAUAUCCAGAUGUCGCUAUCCCCGGAUGGAAAGCCGGCGACUGGAUCUGCAAUAGAAUGGGAUGCAAAAUGCACAAUUAUGCUUGCAGGACUGAGUGCUACAAAUGCAAGACACCUAAAGAUUUCGGAAGAGCAAUGUAAGAAUAAUGCACCAUCGAAGACGAGAUUGCAAGAUUGAUGAGAAUUGGCUUCCCUUCACCAUUUAGGAGUUCCCCUCGGUUUCUAUCUCUAAACAUUUCGACUUUUUUUUUUUUUUUGUUUUGAGCAAUCUAGAUAUAGGUUUGUGUCACACUUGAUUUUGUCGUGUAUUCGUUUCAUUACCAUUGUAUCUUUGAAGAUUUGUAUUGCACGCGAUGUUCCUCGCAUGAAAGCAUAAUUGUUACUAAUAAAUUUUGUUCACUUUCUAUCA